AUGCCUAUUGUUGGCGCCAAAGAACAGCACGUCGACCCGACGUUGUCGCGAAUUGCCCAGGAUGACAAGAAGAUAUGGUAUCAGAAGCCGAACCUCCGCUUCCUCUACCUGAUUCUCGUCCCGACUGGCCUUGGGGUUGAAUGGACCUCUGGAUUCGACUCGUCCAUGAUGAACAGCCUCCAGGCUGUUACAUCAUGGUUUGAAUACUUUGGCCGACCUAACGCGUCAAGACUCGGUCUUCUCAAUGCCAUGUACUCUCUCGGUGCUCUCAUGGCCAUCCCAUUCGUUCCUUAUGUCAGCCAGCGUGUUGGUCGUCGACGAACCAUCCUCUUUGGCUCCUACAUCAUGGUACUAGGAGCCGGACUCCAAGCCGGUGCGCGUAACGUGGACAUGUUCCUGGCUUCACGUUGGAUCUUGGGAUUCGGAAUCCCUUUUGCCAUCAUCAACGCGUCUUCGCUUAUCGGAGAGCUGUCGUAUGCUAAAGAGCGUCCGAUCAUGACCAGUCUUUUCAACGCCAGUUGGUUUGUCGGUGCGAUUCUCGCCGCUGGCAUCACCUACGGCACCUUCCAAAUGUCCAGCACGUGGGCCUGGAGAAUCCCGAGUCUCCUUCAACUCGUUCCAAGCGGCUGCCAGAUCGCAUUCAUGCCCUUCUGCCCUGAGUCUCCCCGAUGGCUCAUCUCCAAGGACCGGGGCGACGAGGCGUACGCCAUCCUCCACAAGUACCACAGCGAGGGAGAGAACGGUGAGGAGUUCGUCCGGCUCGAGUACGCGCAGAUCAUGUCGACCAUCCAGCAGGAGAAGGAGGUCGCCAGCAAGUUCGCCUGGGCCGACGUCUUCCGCGACGCCGCCAUGCGUCGCCGGUUCAUGCUGGCCGCCAUCAUGGGAUUCUUCACACAGUGGAGCGGCAACGGUCUCCUGUCGUUCUACAUGAAGAAAAUCCUUAACCUCGUGGGCAUUACGGACAACCGAACUGUCCAGAAGGUCAUUUUGAGCAACACUUGCUGGGGAUUCAUCAAUGCUGUACCCAUUGCUUUGAUUGCGCCUCGUUUUCCGAGGAGAAAGAUGUUCCUGCUCUGCACCAUCGGCACGGCUGCUGUGUAUACUGUCUGGACCAUUGCUUCCGCCAGAUUCGCCAUCGAGAACUCUCAACGAGCUGCCAUUCCCGUGCUCGUCUUCAUUUUCGUCUACUCCCCGUUCUACAACAUUGGUUGGAAUGCUCUGGCGUACACAUAUCUUGUGGAACUAUUUCCCUUCAGCCAAAGAGCCAAGGGAAUUGCUGUCGAGCAACUGACCGUCCGAUUCGCCGUCUUUUUCAACACCUAUGUCAACCCCAUUGCCCUCGACUCCAUCGGCUGGAAGUACUACAUCGUGUAUUGCGUCUGGAUCCUGGUCGAGAUUGCCACGGUGUACAUGAUCUUCCCCGAAACACAAGGCCGUACGCUCGAAGAGCUCAGCUUCAUGUUCGAGGGCAAGGAGGUCCAAGACAAGGUCCAGAAGAACACCCAAAAGGUACUUCAAGUCGAGCUCGAGGACAUUGGUCGACAGGAGUCGCGCCCCGGAUCACGGGAUGCAGGCCCGGACUCAAAGGUGUGA